AUGUCUUUCACUAAAGCUCCCCAGCUCAAAGUCCUCAUCAACGGCGCUGGCAUCGCAGGAUCAACUCUUGCCUAUUGGCUAGCCAGGACACGUCUCAACGCGUCCAUCACUGUCCUUGAGCGCUCCCCAUUUCCUCGGCCAACUGGCCAGUCCAUCGAGAUUCGCGGUGCAGCCAUCUCCAUUGUUGAAAAGAUGGGGCUGUUGCCACGUGUGCUCGCACGCAACACCACAGAAGAGGGCACGCGCUUAGUUAACGCCUCCAACAAGAUUGUCGCCGAGUUCGGGAAAGGCGAAAAUAGUUUCACAUCCGAGUAUGAGAUUCUGCGAGCCGAUCUAUGUGGAUUGUUUCUGGAUGCGACAAAGAGCAUGGCGAACGUAAAGUACGUGUACGGCGACUACGUUACAUCAGUGGAACAAACAGACAAGACAGUUAGUGUGACCUUUGAUAGUGGAAAGAAAGACAGCUUCGACCUUGUUGUUGGUGCAGAUGGCUCAACUUCACGGAUCCGAUCUCUGAUCUUGGACGAAGAAGCGCGGAAGGGCAGCUACAACUUCAUCGGCCAAUACAUCGCAUACUUCAGCAUUCCACGAGAAGAAUCGGACACGAAACAUUGGUACUGGUACAAUGCGCCCAAAGGCUUAGGCCUCAUGACACGACCGCAUCGUAAUGGAAAGACCAUUGGAUGUUAUAUGUGCAUCACCACGCCAGCACAUGGACAUCGCGAUCCCCUCGCCGAACAAGCGAUGGAAGGUGGACCUGAAAAGCAGAAACAGUUACUACAUGCAUACUUCAAAAAUGCAGGAUGGCAAGCUAAGAGGAUGUUAGCCGGAGUGGGUGGAUGCGACGAUUUCUACAUGAGCCGUGCAGCGUACGUCAAGCUUCCUACAUGGACGAAUAACCGCGCUGUGCUUCUCGGUGAUGCAGCGCACGCGACAUUCGGCGUCGGAACCACACUCGCAGUCGAGGGCGCAUACUUCUUAGCAGGUGAGCUUGGCAAGAUGCAAAGCAGCGACGACGUUCCGGCAGCGCUUAAGAGCUUCGAAGAGGCUUUCCGCAAGAUCCAAGGAAAAGACGAGGAUCUGCCGCCUGGCUUUCCUCAGAUCGCUUUCCCACAAACAGCCUGGGGAAUCAAAGUGCGCGACUCGCUUGCGUGGACUAUUUGGAAGACAAAAGCGUACAAGCUGCUGCCAAACGAUCGUGACCAGCCGGACGAGUCGACGCUGCCGGCGUACGAGUGGGUUACUGUAUGA